CACAACUUGUGAAAAUAACUAAUAUUUAGUCGUUUAUUUAAUUUGUUUGGGCACAGUAUAAUUAAUUGUACAUUUUAAUCGAGUGUGCUUCAAAUUGAAAUAAGGGUAUCAAAUCCAUUGUUUUCGUUUAUAAUAGUUUUAAAAAGUAAUUUGUAUGGUCACUUAUCGUGUUGUUUAUCAAAGCAAGAAAACAACAUUAUAAACUUAUGUUGGAAACGCAAACAAUAUAAUUUGAAUAAAUACAGUGUUAUUUACAGUUGAGUUGUGUGUAUAAGUGUAGGUAAACAAAAUGUUUAAAAAACCUAGUUCUGGUAAAAGAGGCAAUUUAUCACAGUUUGGCCUACUAGAUAUACCCGAUGUAGAUGAUGCGGAUGAACCGAUGGAUGAGUCUGAUGAUGAUAUAGAUCUAGAAGCAGAGCUGGCAGCUAUCAGUGGUGGUGGUGGUAAACAGCAGCACAGGAAGAAGGUCCCAGCAGUUGUUGCUGACCUUGACAGUAUGAUUGCUGACAGCUUGCGGGACAUACCGUCUGAUGAAGAUGUGUCUGGUGAUGAAGAUGACCCAGACUUACUUAAAGAAUUACAAGAAAUGUCUCUCGACGAUGAAACACCCGUAGUGCAACCUCGUACCAGCCGGCCAGCCCCCCCUCCACCAGGCAGCACCUCAAGUAGUACAAUAAAUUUGCUGCAAGCGAGAAUAUCCAACUAUACAUUAGCAGAGAAAAACGCUAAGCAGAGUGGAGAAAGCAGUCGGGCUAGAAGGUAUGGGCGUGGUCUCAAAACUCUAAACGAUCUACUAAAACAAGCGAAAGCUGGCAGACCGAUCAAAGAUGAAGACAUCCCACCACCAGUAAGCCUCGGGAAACCUGACUCCCAGCAACCCGCACCUGACUCCCAACCUACAUCGCCCCCCGAACCGCCAAUUACACCCCCCGAACAGCCUAUUAUACCCCCCGAACCUAGCCCUCCAGUUCCACCUCCUCGUUCAACCUCUAUACCGAAUGAUCCAGAACCGGAUGAAAGACCUCCAACGCCCCCAGAACCAAAAGAGCCACCUCCACUUCUUCCUAACGUUGAGGAGAUGGAUCCAGCAAGAGAGCAGGGAUUGCAAGUUAUAUUGAAACGAAAAGAAGAAUUCAAGGCCGCAGCUCUAGCAAGCAAGCACGCGGGUGACAAAGCAAUGGCAUUAGAGUAUUUGAAAGUCGUAAAACAAUUCGAUAUCGUGGUUCAAGCAUACAAGUCGGGUCAAGACAUGGAUCUCAACGAACUUCCAACGACUGAGGCAAUUGCCGCAGUCGUGAGAGAUCAGCAGAAGGGAGAGGAACAGAUGCAGAACUCUGCUGAACAAGCGCCAGAGCAAACUCCUGAACCGGCGGGUCUGAUAACGGCUUCAAGCGUCGACGAGGCGUUGCGACAGAGGCUGGCCCACUUUCAGGAGCAAGAGUCAAAGGCCAAGGAACAAGGCAACUCGUCUAAAGCCCGCAGAAUGGGUCGUAUAGUCAAACAAUAUCAAGACGCGAUAAAACUGAACGCCGCUGGUAGACCCAUCCCCGCUGAAGAUCUGCCCACGCCCAAUGGUUAUGCUCCGCUGCCCAGUGAAGGACCAUCCCCGAAGAAGCCAGCCCCGCCGACCCCGAAAUCGCCCCCCUCAUCAAAACCUGCGACCCCAAAAUCGUCCCCCUCGCCGAAAGCCGCGACCCCGCAACCGUCUCGUUACGACAAGCAACUAACUCUGUUGCUGCACAGACAGAAACAGUUCAAAGAAGCCGCCAUAGCUGCGAAGAAGAACGGUGAUAUUGACCAAGCUAAAGAAUACCUUCGGGCGGCCAAAGGUUUCGAGUCCAUGAUCGAAGCGGCCGAGGGGGGUCUUACAGUGGACCUCAAGUCACUGCCCUUACCACCUACCGCUAAAAAACAGAUUGAAGAUACUUUCGACGUUAUAUCGACCGACGACUGCGCCCCUCCAGACGAUACAGCAAUCAAACUCGAUGACGAAAAUGUCUUGAGCCGUCUCCACCAGCAGUUGACCAGCCAGUUAAAGCUUUGCCUGACCAACAGGGACCACUAUCGGUCCAUGGGCAAUAUAGCCGAGAGCAAUCGCUUCGAGCAUCUAGCUGUCAGUGUGAAACAGGACUUAGAUGUGGUGACUGUCGCUAAAGGUAUGGGUGAAAACCCACCGAAAUUCCACUACGAGAGUCGGAAGUUCUCCGUAGUGCAGUGCAAUACGGACCUUAACGAGAACGACUUUGAGCUUACAAUUGUCCGCGGCAUCGCGUACAACGUCCCUAACCCAAAGGAUGUUGAUACUUAUGUGAAAUUCGAGUUUCCUUUUCCUCAGGAGGCACCGAUAUCAGACAAGACAAACCUAGUGAAGGACACGAACAGUCCCCAGUACGACUCCGUGUUCACCCUGCCCAUACAACGCGGCGCGAGGGUCUGUCUUAGGGUGUUCAAGAGGCACGGCAUCAAGUUCGAGGUCUACUCCAGGGGGUGUGGCAGCUGUAGUGGGUUGUGUUGCAGCGGCUGGUUCAGCAAGGACUCGCUGUUGGGCAGCCUCACUGUCAAGCUGGCACCGUUGGAGACGCAGGUCACGCUACACGAGGCGUUCCCGCUAAUGGACGGUCGACGUCCCGCUGGGGGCUCCUUGGAAGUAAAGCUGCGCGUGCGCACACCUUUAUUGCAGCAGCAAGUCGAAAGCACCACACACCGCUGGCUCGUCAUAGACAACUGAGUCCCAAAGACAACUGGGUCACAAAAACAAUUACUACCCAUUUCAUUCGAGCUACGUUGCUAUCGGUUCGCGAUGGAUAGUAGUGGCAUUCUCAAUAUAGACGGGUCGAGUCUUAGACAACUGAGUCCCAUAGACAAUAGAGCCUAAAAGACAUUUACUACCAGUCUUAUUUCUAUUUGUUCGCGGUGGUUGCUAGUGGCAUCCCAAUAAAGACGGUAACCAGUUUCAUAGACAACUGAGUCUCACAGACAACUUAGUCUCAAAGAAAAUGAGACCCACUCAUAGACUUCUAGAUAAAUUAAGUCUUAUAGACAAAUUAAAAAAUACUUGGUCUAUUAUACUACUGAUUGUCAUAGAAAACAUUUUUUUUUUUAAAUUUAUUUUACGGCCAUGGAUUCAAGUCCUUUAAGGCCUUUCAAAAUAGACAACUGAGAUAAGUGGGUCUCAUUGACGACCGAGUCUAUAAAACAACUUCAAAAAAAAAAACUGGUUCUCUAUAACUGAGUGUCAUAGACAACUGACUCUCAUAGACAACUUAGUCUCAGAGACAACUAAGUCUCUAUGAGACAGCUUAGUCUCAUAGACAACUUAGUCUCAUAGACAACUAGUCUCAGAGAUAAAUGAGUCUCGUUGAAGAUCAGUUAUAUUUGUUUUACGUUUUGGACAGUGAAACAUCUAAAGGGAAUUUACAUACAAACAUAUUCGAUUAAAUUGCACGACGGUAGCUAUUAACAAGCUUUUUAGGUCAUCAUCAUAACAUAAUUUUUUUUUUUUUUAUUAAAGCUUUAAAUACAUGCGAAUUCCACAUCAGGGCCUAUUCUUGCUGAUGUAGUAGCGAGGUGGUACCACCUACCAUCGCCUUAAGCUAUAUUAUUUAAUUUUUGUUGAUGUUUUUUUUAGAAUUGUAAUAUAAUCAUUAUUUUUAGGGCGAGAAGGUGUAUUUAAACUGUCAGUGUUAAAUAAUACUGUUUUAGCGAUGGAAGUAAGGCAGGGGAGUAAUAAAAGGCUUCACAAGUGUCUGGGAUAGGUCUACAUAAAAAUAACCUUUUUGAAUUUGAAUUUUUUUAAAGAGUAACUUUGAAGUACAUAAAAAUAUUGUUAUUGUUGUUUGGAAACUGUAUCUUUUUGAUGUGAAACAUCUAUAG